AUGUCGACUGCUGCGUCUAGGCCAGACUUGAAAUUCAGCGGGAUUGCUGAAGAACGCAGUUUUUACAGUAGGUUUCUCACUCUAGAGGAAAAACCUACGACUACGAUCCGGAUUGUUGACAGAGGCGAGUAUUACACGGUGGUCAGCACCGAUGCAGUCUUCGUUGCCGAUUCAAUCUACCACACACAGUCUGUUCUCAAGACUUGCAAUUUGGACCCUGUUACAGCCAAGAAAUUUGGACAGCAACCUAAACAAUAUGUCACUUUGUCACCGCAAAUCUUGAGUAACCUGCUAAAGAAAUGUUUGCUAGAACUAGGGUAUAAAGUGGAAAUAUACGACAAAGCGUGGAAACUGCUUAGAAUGGCUUCACCCGGUAACAUUGAUUCAGUUGCCGACCUAUUGAAUGUGUCUAUUGACAAUUCUAUCGUUAUCGCGUCCUUGAAACUGCAAUUUAAUCCCAAGGAUGGAAACUGCCUCAUUGGUGUGGCAUUUGUAGAUACAUCCGAUUACAAAUUGGGGAUGCUCGAUAUCCUGGAUAAUGAAGUAUUCUCUAAUCUGGAAAGUUUUUUGAUUCAACUGGGCGUCAAAGAAUGCUUGGUCCCCGAUCUGAGUCAUGCCGAGAACAACCAGGAAUGGACUAAGAUUGUUAAUGUUAUAGAUAGAUGUGGAACUGCGGCAACUUUAAUCCGCAGCUCUCAAUUCAAUAAGGGCAACGAAGACGUGGAAAACGACUUGAUCAAAUUGACAAACGAUAAGCUGAUCAUGUCUCUACCCCAAAAAUUUUCACCAUUGGCAUUGGGCGCGUGUCACGCCUUAUUGGAUUAUUUGAAUCUGUUGAGUAAUUCCGAUGUUUUGGGUAAGUUUGAACUAGUUCAACACUCCUUGAAGGAGUUUAUAAAGUUGGAUGCAUCCUCAAUCAAAGCUUUGAAUCUGUACCCUCAAGGACCAUCUAACCCAACCAUGACUAGCACACAGACUUCAAACUUUUCCUACGGCUUCAACUCAAAGGGAAAGGUUACAUCGCUUUUUCAGUUAUUGAAUCAUUGCAAAACUAAUGCUGGUAUACGAUUAUUGAACGAAUGGAUAAAACAACCACUCACGGAUAUGACAAAAAUCAAUACUAGACACAACUUGGUGGAAUAUUUGAUAGACCAACUGGAGUUAAGACAGCUACUACAAUGCGAUUACCUCCCACUCUUCCCAGAUUUACGUCGGUUGACCAAGAGAUUGAUCAAAAAUGGAACUUUGGAAGAUGUACUGAAAGUUUACCAAUUCACCAAAAGAGUUCCCGAAUUGGUGCAACUUUUAGAAUCUUUUACUAACCCCGAUGAGGAGAAUUUAGCAGACAGCGAAAACGAAUCCUCUUUGGAAAAACUAGUUCAAGAUACCUGGAUUGUCCCGCUCCAAGAUCGCUUAGACCCAUUGAGUAAGCUAGAAGAAAUGGUAGAAACGACUAUUGACUUGGAUGCGUACGAAGAGAACAACGAUUUUAUGAUCAAGGUGGAGUUUAAUCAGGAGUUAGGUUCUAUUCGUGAUCAAUUAGAUAACCUCAGAGAGAAAAUUAAGCAAAUCCACUUAGAAGCAGCAGAAGACUUGGGAUUUGAUCCAGAAAAAAAACUGAAAUUAGAAAACCACCACAUGCAUGGCUGGUGCAUGCGUCUGACCCGUAACGAUGCUAAAGAGUUGAGAAAACACAGAGAAUAUAUUGAACUGUCCACCAUAAAGGCCGGUAUCUUUUUCAGCACCAAGAAGUUGAAGGAAGUGGCAAGUAAAACUGCAGAAUUGGAGAAAGAGUACGAAAAGCAACAAUCAAUUUUGGUUAAAGAAAUAGUUUCUAUUACACUAACCUACUCUCCAGUCCUGGAAAAAAUAUCUUUAGUUUUGGCCCACCUGGACGUAUUGACUUCGUUUGCACACGUUUCAUCGUACGCACCAAUUCCGUACGUGAGGCCAACAAUGCAUGAUUUUGGUUCAAAGAGAAAAACUCACUUGGUAGCAUCUCGGCAUCCAGUACUUGAAAUGCAGGAUGAUAUCGUCUUUAUCGCAAAUGAUGUAGAUUUGGAAAAAGAUAGCAAGGAGUUUUUGAUUAUUACAGGACCCAAUAUGGGUGGGAAAUCUACAUAUAUAAGGCAAGUCGGUGUGAUAACAUUAAUGGCGCAGAUUGGUUGUUUUGUCCCUUGUGAAGAAGCUGAAAUAGCCGUUGUGGAUGCUAUCCUUUGCCGUGUUGGUGCUGGUGAUUCUCAAUUGAAAGGUGUCUCUACUUUCAUGGUGGAAAUGCUGGAAACAGCAUCUAUAUUAAAGAAUGCCACGGAAAACUCAUUGAUUAUCGUCGACGAACUGGGCCGUGGUACAAGUACCUACGACGGGUUUGGCCUUGCAUGGGCAAUUGCCGAACAUAUUGCCAAAAAAAUCAAAUGCUUUACUCUCUUUGCAACACAUUUCCAUGAGUUGACUUCCCUUGCCGACAAACUUUCCAACGUUGUAAACAUGCAUGUGGUUGCUCAUAUCGAACAAAGCGAAAAGAGUCAACACGAUAGUGAUGAUAUCACCCUGUUAUACAAAGUCGAACUUGGUAUUUCCGACCAGUCGUUUGGUAUCCAUGUCGCGGAAGUGGUGCAGUUUCCACAGAAAAUUGUGAAGAUGGCUAAGCGGAAGGCAGCUGAAUUAGAAGAUUUGAAACAAAGCAAUGAGAGUCUGAAAAAAAACAAACUUUCUGUUUCUGAAAUCAAUGAGGGAAACCAGCAGCUGAAGAAACUGCUGCAAUCAUGGGUCCAAUCAGUCAAGGAACUGGGCCUGGACGAUCCGGAAAAAUUGAGUGACGACCUCCGCCAGAAAAAAGCCCAGGAGUUACUAAAAGAGAUCACCACUGGUAGUCCAAUCAAGAAUCCCAAGUACCUGGAGCACAUCAAAUCUUUAUUACUUUAG